CUCUGCCAUUCUCUCCGUUUUCGACGUCUAAUGAUUUUUCCUAUGCAAUAAUUCCACAAAAAACGAAUAUAGAUCGACCAGCUGCCGCUAUAAAUGCACACACAUAUGGGGAAAGGUGGACCAGAACAACAACUUGCAUAGCUAACACACUACAACCAUGGGUUCCCAAUCUUGUCCCUCCAAGCUCCCUCUCUUAGAUUUCUCUAAGCCAGAAUCAACCAAAACUGGCAGUUCAGAGUGGGAAUCCCUGAAAUCACAAGUCCGCGAGGCGCUGGAAGAGUACGGCUGCUUCGAGGCCUGCUUCGACAAGAUUUCUUCGGAACUUCUUACCGCUGUUUUGCGAUCGACGGAAGAGAUUUUCGAGCUGCCUCUGGAGUCCAAACUGCAGAAUGUGUCCGAAAAACGCUACCACGGUUACGUAGGGCAGCAUGCUCAAGUCCCGCUGACCGCUGUACGAAAGCUUGGGGAUAGAUGAAGUCACUGUGGGUGAAAAGGUUGAAGCUUUUACCAACACGAUGUGGCCUCGAGGGAACCCAAGCUUCAGCAAAACAAUCAAUUCCUACGCGGAGAAACUUUCAGAGCUGGAGAAAGCAGUAAGGAAGAUGAUUGCUGAAAGCUUUGGGCUUGAGAAAUACAUCGAUGAACACCUCAACUCCACAAAUUAUCUACUGCGGUUCUCGAAAUACAACAGGCCGAACACCCCUGAUACCGAACUAGGUCUUUCCCCACACACAGACAAGAGUUUGAUGACCAUAUUGCAUCAGAAUCAAGUUGACGGACUGGAACUGCAAACCAAAAAUGGCAGUUGGAUUAAGUUCAAACCCUCUACUCCAAACUCUUUCAUCGUUAUGACUUCUGAAUCUCUUACUGGGUGGUUGAAUGGUCGACUUGGUGCAACGUAUCAUCGAGUUAUGAUGUCCGGAAAUGAGGCCAGAUAUUCGUUGGCUUUAUUCUCAUACCCAAAAGAUGGAUACGUUAUAGAAGUCCCAGAAGAAAUGGUUAACGAAGAACACCCCUUGCUGUUCAAGCCCUUUUACUACGAGGAAUUUAUUUCGUUUGACUACCAUAAUGCUGGUCAAGAAGCACCUUCUGCUUUGCGUGCAUUUUGUGGAGUGUGAAAAGUUGUGAUAUGAAUCUAAUCCGAGCUAAUCGGGUAAGGUAAAAUAUGAAGGUGAAGAAUUUCUAGUGGCUAUGAAUAAAAUUCGAAUUCGAAUAUCGUAAAUAUUGGAUGGGCAUGGUUUUCACAUUAUCUUGUCCGAACUAGUCCGAUUAUACACAUGAAUAUAUAUUUAUACAUGUAUUUUGUCUAGAAAUGAUCAUUAUUCUUCUCAAAAUAUGUGAUAUUUAUUAUAUAUAUAUAAUGUUUUUAUGAGA